UCUCCCCCGCCGCAAAUGCCACCUCCUCCCCCUUUGCCAGCCUCAGGCCCCCUCCAGGCUCUCGAAAGAUUUGGACUCAGAGCUGCGGUCUGUUUCAGCCGCCAGGAAAGCAGCUGCCCCGUCCGUUCAGACACGUUCAGCACAAACCCAGAAGCAACACGAGCUCCUUCCGUUCAGACCGCCCCCCCCAGCCCCCACCCAUGGCCAGCACUGGGAAGGCCCCCGACUCCGAGGGCGGGCUUCUCCCGAGCGAGCAGGUCACACGGUUCCCGGCUCCCUGCUCCCUGCUUCUGCGGGUCAGAAGCACGGCCCGCUUCUCCCCAGGACUCGGCCUCAGAUCUCACCGAGUCCGGCCUGGGCCCAGCCCCUCCGGCCCUCCUCCCGCCGCACCCCAGACCCGGCCCGGGGGCCCAGCCCCGGCUCAGGGCCUCGGACGCCCUGGAAGAGGACUCGGCCUGCGUUGCGGAGGACUCGGAGGAGGAGGAGGGCGCGGUGACGGGGGAGGGCCCGCGGGAGCCCGCCGUGGACUGGGACUCGGGCUUCUCCGAGGUGUCGGGCAGCACCUGGCGAGAGGAGGAGCGCCCUGCGGCCCCCGUGUGGCGCCCCCACCGCCAGCGCCUCUCCGCCAGCGGCCUCCCCCUGCCCGGCGGGGCCCCGGGGCCCCGGGCGCCCCCCGCCCACCGGCCGCGGCCCAGGUCCACCCCGGACGCCUGCCUGGACGCCGAGGACUGGACGGCGGCCCUGCUGAGCCGAGGCCGGAGCCGGCAGCCGCUGGUGCUGGGCGACAACUGCUUCGCCGACCUGGUGCACAACUGGAUGGAGCUGCCCGAGGCCGCGGGCGAGGGGGACCGCGCCGGGGCGCCCCGUGCCCGCGCGCGGCCCCCCCAGUUCCUGCUGGGCCUCUCGGAGCAGCUGCGGCGCCAGCUGGCCAGGGCCCGCCGGGCAGCCGUGGCCGGGAAGCGCCUGUCAUGCCCCCCGCGCGCCGAGCCCGAGCUGCCCACGGACGCCUCCCGCUUCGCCGCCCUCAUGAGCUGCCGCAGCCGCCGGCCCCUCGUCUGUACCGACAUGGUCAGCUACCUCUGACCGCCCGCCGCCCGGCAAUAAAGACCGCCCGGACUGUC